AUGCCUAUCCACUACUUGAUUCUGCUUUCCCGGCAGGGCAAAGUGCGUCUUGCCAAGUGGUUCACCACUCUCUCCCCCAAGGAGAAGGCCAAAAUUAUCAAGGAUGUGACUCAACUGGUGCUAUCCCGCCGGACGCGGAUGUGCAAUUUCCUGGAAUACAAAGACUCAAAAGUCGUCUACCGUCGCUAUGCCUCCCUCUUCUUCAUCGCUGGCUGUGCCUCCGACGACAACGAAUUGAUCACCCUCGAGGUGGUGCACCGAUACGUCGAGCAGAUGGACAAGUACUACGGCAAUGUCUGCGAGCUCGACAUCAUUUUCAACUUCCAGAAAGCAUACUUUAUCCUCGACGAGUUAAUGAUUGCAGGGGAAAUGCAGGAGACGAGCAAGAAGAAUGUCCUUCGCUGUAUCAGCCAGCAGGACAGUUUGGAAGAUAUGGAGGUUGAGGAAGAUGUGGUCACCAAGAUCAUGUAA